GGGCGUCCGGUCCGGCCCGGCCCAGGCUGCAAAGUUAGUUGAGUUCACUACUUGGAGGGGCAGGGACCAGCCCAGAGGUGCGCAGCCCCAGCCUCUGGCACAGCCAUGGCGGGAGGGGACGACCGCGGGGACGGGGAGCCGGUGCCCGUGGUGACCGUGCGAGUGCAGUACCUAGAGGAUACCGACCCCUUUGCAUGUGCCAACUUCCCGGAGCCGCGCCGGGCCCCUACCUGCAGCCUGGACGGGGCGCUGCCUCUCGGCGCGCAGAUACCCGCGCUGCACCGCCUGCUCGGGGCCCCGCUCAAGCUGGAGGACUGUGCCCUGCAAGUGUCUCCCUCUGGAUUUUACCUGGACCCUGAGCUAUCUCUGGAAGAACAGCGGGAGAUGUUGGAGGGCUUCUAUGAAGAGAUCAGCAAAGGGCGGAAGCCUACCCUGAUCCUGCGGACCCAACUCUCUGUAAGAGUCAAUGCCAUCUUGGAAAAGUUGUAUGGCUCCAGUGGCCCUGAGCUCCGCCGCUCCCUCUUCUCACUAAAGCAGAUCUUCCAGGAAGACAAGGACCUGGUGCCUGAAUUUGUACACUCAGAGGGUCUGAGUUGCCUGAUCCGAGUGGGCGCUGCUGCCGAUCACAACUAUCAGACCUACAUUCUAAGAGCACUGGGCCAGCUGAUGCUUUUUGUGGAUGGGAUGCUGGGGGUGGUGGCCCACAGUGAGACCGUGCAAUGGCUGUACACACUGUGUGCCAGCCUGUCCCGCUUGGUGGUAAAGACGGCCCUGAAGCUGCUGCUAGUGUUUGUGGAAUACUCGGAGAGCAACGCCCCUCUUUUCAUCCGUGCUGUCAAUGCUGUGGCCUGCACAACUGGCACUCUCCCAUGGGCCAACCUGAUGUCCAUCCUGGAGGAGAAGAAUGGAGCGGACCCCGAGCUGUUGGUGUAUACAGUCACCCUCAUCAACAAGACACUGGCAGCGCUUCCGGACCAGGACUCCUUCUACGAUGUGACGGAUGCGCUGGAGCAGCAGGGCAUGGAGGUGCUAGUGCAGCGCCACCUGAGCACCUCUGGCACUGACGUGGAUCUGCGCACGCAGCUUGUGCUCUAUGAGAGCGCCCUGCGGUUGGAGGAUGGAGACAUUGAGGAAGCUGCUACAGCUUCAGGUGGGCGGCGGGAGCGCCGGAAACCCUCCUCAGAGGAGGGCAAGAGGAGCCGGAGAUCUCUCGAAGGUGGCGGGGGCUGCUCUGUGCGCCCCCCAGAACCUGGCCCAGCAGGCUCCGCCUCAGCAAUAAUCUCCUCCAUUCCCACCACAACGAGCCCCACCUCCAGCCCUGGCCCAGCAAUGAGCCCUGCCAGCCCUACCUCCGGCCUGCGCACCUCACUGAACCUCUUUCCUACCCUUUCUGUGACACCCUCAACAGACAGCUCCGAGAGGAGCAUCUACAAACUUCACCAAACUGCUCCUGUUUGGGCCCCUGAGAACCCACCUGUCCCCCAGCCUCCCACUGGGCAGGCCAGGCUGGAAGCCCGUUUUCUGGAGAAUGUGGUGGCAGCAGAAACAGAGAAGCAGGCUGCACUGGCCCAGGGCCGGGCAGAAGCAUUGGCUGAGGCCAUGCCAGACGAAGCUGACGGACACUCAGAUACCCAGGAACUAUGGAGCUCCCCAGAGCCAGCCCCUGUACCCAGAACACCCCACAGCCCUACCUCCCGAGUCCUGCUCCGAACCCAGCAGAGCCUUGAGUCAGAGCCCAAGGUGUUACUGGCCCCUCCAAGCCCAAAGGCUGAGUCCAUUCAUGAGCUCCCAACCCAUGUAUCCAAGCUCUGCAUUGGAGACUUGGAUUUCUCAGAUCUGGGGGAAGAUGAAGACCAGGAUAUGCUAAACACUGAUUCUAUAGAGGCUGAGACAGGGGUCCCGCCUCCACCACCCCUGCUCUCUGGACAACCCCCACCACCGCCACUGCCACCUCCCCCAUCCAUUACAGGUGUAAUCCCACCACCUCCUCCUCCCCCACCCAUGAAGGGCCUAAUCCCACCACCUCCACCCCCAGUUGCCCCACUUAGCCAUUCAGCACCUGAUGGCCUGGCCCUACCCACUAAGAGGAAGACUGUAAAACUCUUCUGGCGGGAGUUAAAGUUGGGUGGGGGUCAUGGAGGCUCUAGGAGCCGAUUUGGGCCCUGCCCCACCCUGUGGGCUUCACUAGAACCUGUCUCGGUGGACACAGCCCGGUUGGAACAUCUGUUUGAGUCCCGUGCCAAGGAUGUGCUGCCUUCCAAGAAAGCUGGUGAGGGCCGCCGGACAAUGACCACAGUGUUGGACCCAAAGCGCAGCAAUGCCAUCAACAUUGGCCUAACUACACUGCCUCCUGUGCACGUCAUUAAGGCUGCCUUGCUCAAUUUUGAUGAGUUUGCUGUCAGCAAGGAUGGUAUUGAGAAACUACUGACCAUGAUGCCCACAGAGGAGGAGCGGCAAAAGAUCGAGGAGGCACAGCUGGCCAAUCCUGACAUACCCCUGGGCCCAGCUGAGAACUUCCUGAUGACCCUGGCCUCCAUUGGGGGCCUGGCUGCCCGCCUACAACUCUGGGCCUUCAAGCUGGACUAUGAUGCCAUGGAGCGGGAAAUCGCAGAGCCACUGUUUGACCUCAAAGUGGGUAUGGAACAGCUGGUGCAAAAUGCCACCUUCCACUGCAUCCUGGCCACCCUACUGGCUGUGGGCAAUUUCCUCAAUGGCUCCCAGAGCAGCGGCUUUGAGCUGAGCUAUCUGGAGAAGGUAUCAGAGGUGAAGGACACAGUGCGCCGGCAGUCACUGCUAUACCAUCUCUGCUCCCUGGUGCUCCAGACCCGACCUGAUUCCUCCGACCUCUACUCAGAAAUCCCUGCCCUGACCCGCUGUGCCAAGGUGGACUUUGACCAACUGAGUGAGAACCUGGGGCAGCUGGAGCGCCGGAGCCAAGCAGCUAAGGAGAGUCUCCAGGGUCUAGCUAAGCACGAGCUGGUUCAGACCUUGCGUACCCGCCUCACUCACUUCCUGACCCAGUGUGCCCACCGUGUUAACAUGCUGAGGAUAGUACACCGCCGAAUUUGCAACAGGUUCCAUGCCUUCCUGUUGUACCUGGGCUACUCGGCUCAGGCAGCCCGGGAAGUGCGUAUCAUGCAGUUCUGCCACACACUGCGUGAGUUUGCCCUGGAAUAUCGAACUUGCCGUGAGCGAGUGCUGCAGCAGCAGAAGAAGCGGGCCACAUGCCGCGAGCGCAACAAGACCCGGGGCCGCAUGAUCACCGAGACAGAGAAGUUUUCAGGUGUCACUGGGGAAACCCCCAGCAACCCCUCUGUCCCAGUGGCUGUGGGCAGCGGGCCAGGCCGAGGUGAUGCUGACAGUCAUACUAGCAUGAAGAAUCUGCUGACCAGCAAGUCUGAGGAUACCACACAUCCCCGCCGCAGCAGAGGCAUGGUCCAGAGUAGCUCCCCAACCAUGCCCCAAACAAUGGGGCCUGCCACUGCACCCCCUGAAGAACCCCAGGGCUCCAGCUUACCCAGUGACACUUCAGAUGAGAUUAUGGAUCUGCUGGUGCAGUCAGUGACCAAGAGCAAUCCUCGUGCCUUAGCCGCUCGGGAACGCAAGCGCUCCCGUGGCAACCGAAAAUCUUUGAGACGAACGCUGAAGAGUGGGCUUGGAGAGGACCUGGUGCAGGCACUGGGCCUGAGCAAGACUCCUGGCCUGGAGGUGUGAAGGCACUGUUUCCAUGAAACCAAAAUGGACCCUAAUCUAUAAUGCAAAAGACUGGAGUGAGGAGAGACUAGAGCUGUAUUUUGGGACUCUUCUCAACUAUUCUCAACUCUCCACCCAGUGACCACAGCCUUGAGCAGUAUUAUAUGUGUAUGUGUGCGUGUGUGUGUGUAUCUGUCUGUGUAUCUUAUGUGUUUAUGUGUGGGUGCAUGUGCAUGCACUUCAUGCUUCCUGUAUGCAUGGAGCAUAAUAAAGUUUUCUUAACCAA